ACAGGGUUUCUCGAUAAAGCGGUUUUAAAAACAGAAAGCAAUGUAUUUUGCAGUAUUCUUACUGCUUGCCCUGUGUGGGUUUCUAAGUCCGAGGAAAUUGGAGUCAGCGCGAAUCGACCUCCACAUUGCCGGGUUAUUCCCGCUCACUGCCCCGGGCUGGAUUGGUGACUACGGUCUGCAGGGUCUGACCGCCGUACAACUCGCAGUGGACCAAAUCAACGGCAGAGCGGAUGUUCUGGAAGAUUACAGACUUAUUCUGGACUACAAUGAUACAAAGGCAUCGAGCGCAGUGGGCAUGACCGCCUUAUUCGAUCUUUACUACAGUCAACCAGUUAAGAUUGCCGUCAUUGGAGAGCUUUUAUCGACAGUCACCCAGGACUUGACUGGCGUAACCUCCUUAUGGGCUUUAACGCAAAUGGCCUUUGCCUCGUCUGCGGUCGAGUUGUCUCAACGCUCCAUGUACCCGUACUUCUUUCGAACCAUCGCCUCGGCCGAUGAAUUCUCCCCGGUUCAACUCGAGAUGUUCCGGCAGUUUGGAUGGUCAAAGAUCUCCACGCUACAUGAGACCAGAGAACCACACGCAGGGGUCACGAACAAGCUUCAGAAGAUACUAGAAGCAGACCCUAACUUUUCGAUCAUAGCUGCCGAAAGCUUCAACGAAGAUCCAAUGGAGGCUGUACAACGUCUACAGGACAAGGAUGUCAGAAUUAUCGUUGGGAAUUUCUACGAGUCAACUGCUCGCAAGGUCUUCUGUGCAGCUUUUCGGUUGGGGCUGUACGGGCCAAAGUACCAAUGGAUACUAAUCGGGUACUAUACACCCCGAUGGUGGGGCAAAGGUUCUCCCUCUGAACACUUUGGAUGCAACAGCAGUCAGAUACGAGAAUCAGCUGGGGGGUAUAUGACAGUAACAUGGAGUAUGAACGGUCGAGAAGAUGCAACGACUGUUACCGGUCAGACCCCUCAAGAGUUCAGAGACUACAUUUAUGACGCCACAAACCUAACCAUUGGUCUAGAUGGACAAGACGUUGCAGCAAACGCCCAUGAUGGGAUGUGGGCUUUAGCAUUGGGUUUGAACAGCUCAAUGGACGAACUGGCACCUAAACGACUGGAGUCGUACGUCUACGGGGAUGUUGAAAUGGCGGCCAUCUUUGAAAAGCAAAUUGGAAGGGUUCAGUUUAACGGAGUUUCGGGACCGGUUAGUUUUUCUGAGAGGGGUGACAGGAUUGGGUUAUUCCUCAUCGAACAGAAUCGAGAUGGGGACGAGGUUGUGAUUGGAACGUACGAGAAGAAUACCAACAUCACGUGGUUGAUAGAAACAGAAAAGAUCUGGUAUCAAAGUGAUGGACGGCCUCCAUUCGAUUCGGACAACACUGUUACGAUUCAAUUGAACCAGGUCAUUGAACCCGGGGUUUUCAUGACGUCAUGUAUUAUUGCUGGGCUAGGUUGUUUACUCGCAAUCUGUUUUGUCGUCUUCAACUUCGUCAAAAGGAAACACAGAGAGGUGAAGAUGUCCAGCCCGAGACUAAACAACGUUGUAGCCGCGGGUCUAGUCCUAGCCUACGCUGGCGUUAUCGUAAUGGGAAUAGAUGAAGCCAUAGUCAGUGGAGAGCAGAAUCUCUUGAAUAUAUGCAAGGCACGGGAAUGGGUGCUUUCUAUAGCAUUCACCUUAGCAUUCGGAGGAAUGUUCACAAAGAUGUGGCGAGUUUAUAGCAUCGUCAUCCACAAUAAGACAAAGAAGAAGGUUAUCAAGGACCACCACCUUAUGGCUAUUGUAUGUGUGCUGCUAUUGGUCGACCUAGUGAUCCUAGUACCAAGGGAGAUCAUCGACCCGCAACGUAUCGAUGUCGUCAUCAAAAUGGUUCCUCAGACACCAGAGGAUCAAGCUAAAUAUAGACGGUACGAAGAGGUUUUUAUACAGUGUACUUCAACAUAUCACGUGAUAUGGUUGAUGGCCCUCUUGAUAUACAAGGCGUUCGUCAUGGUGUUCGGUGCUUUCCUUGCUUGGCAAACAAGAAACAUCAACGUAUCUGGGCUUAACGACAGUAACUACGUGGGGUUGUCUAUCUAUAACGCGUGCAUGUGCUGUGUGGUCGUGGUCCCUGUCUCCAUUAUGGUAACUGAUGCGGUUUCCGUCACCUACGCGCUCCUGGCUGGUUUUAUCAUGUUCUGUACCACUGGCACAUUGUCAAUGCUGUUCUUCCCAAAGGUUGCAGCGGUUUUGACCAAACGGAAUAAUAUUGCGCCCUCUACCGACCGAACUCAAGCAACUACUGCCCAUAACAGUACCGCAGUAUCUACCGAUGGGCGUGGUCCACGAGGGGGUAACUCUCAAUUCAUAACAAACAAGUGAAACACAUGAUGACGGAAUCGGCUACGUCGAACGUUCAAAAGAGAGGUUUAGCUACACUUUUGUUGAGGAAAAAACGCGCAGUCAUAUUGAAUGUUCACUUUUUUUCUAUGAUUGUAAGGUAUUGUUUGAACAAUAAUGUGCUAUCAAAGUUCGCUUGCAGCAUGCAUUGCAGUUGGUUGACUCCAAGUUGCCUGUAACAGUUGCCUCGUAUGACAAGGCCCUACCAAUGGAGUUGAAUGUUGUACGACUGUUAACUAUGGUGCCAUAUAAAUGUUACGAUUGAUAUUCUUUGUUCACAAUUUUAACCGUUUGUUUGGUGUCAGCAUUAUUUUGUCUGUUCGCCAUUUUUCGGCAAAGACGCCGCAAGUACAAAGGUCGAAUGUUUAUAA